AUGGCGAGCCAUAUCUUCCUGCACCUCGCGCUACUGCUGCUACUCUGCAGCGCCAGCCAAGGUGAGGAGCUGGGCGCAGAUGCAGCCGGCCGGUCUCCGUGCCGGGCGGCGGACCUGGUGGUGCGGCAGUCGGCGACUGGGCGGAUGGUGGAGGGGAAGCCAGAGUACGCGGUUGAAGUGAGCAACCGCUGCCGGUGCGCGCAGUCCAGGGUGCUGCUCCGCUGCUACGGCCUCAGCAGCGUCGAGACCGUGGACCCGCGGGCGAUCCGGCCAGUGGAUGACGAGCGCUGCCUGCUCCGGGACGGACGCCGGAUCCAGAGGGGCGCGCCGGUGCGGUUCAACUACGCCUGGAUGACGCCCUUCGACUUCCCACUGCUCAGCUCACAGGUUCGCUGCUAG